GAUGUGGACAUUGGUUCCCAUUUUAAAGGCUACAACACGACUACAAGACAAUCUCUUGAAGCAUGGUCUGGUUCGCUGCUUGAUUUGGGUCUUGUGGAAGCAACGAUUGAGUAUAUUUGUCGUCGUGAAGGUGAAGGUGCAAUUCUUGUAUUCCUGACUGGUUGGGAUGACAUUUCUAAGCUGCUUGAUAAAAUUAAGGCUAACAACUUCCUUGGAGACACCAGGAAGUUUUUGAUCCUCCCUCUUCAUGGUUCAAUGCCAACAAUAAAUCAACGAGAAAUAUUUGAUCGCCCAUCUGCUAGCAUGAGGAAAAUUGUGCUUGCAACCAACAUAGCUGAGAGCAGUAUAACUAUAGAUGAUGUCGUGUACGUCAUAGACUGUGGAAAGGCGAAAGAGACUAGUUAUGAUGCUCUUAACAAGCUAGCUUGUUUAUUACCAUCAUGGAUUUCAAAGGCCUCGGCACAUCAGAGACGUGGUCGUGCAGGCCGUGUGCAACCUGGAGUUUGUUAUAGGUUGUAUCCGAAACUAAUACAUGAUGCAAUGCCUCAAUAUCAACUACCUGAGAUUCUUCGAACACCAUUACAGGAGCUUUGUCUCCAAAUUAAGAGCUUGCAGGUUGGCGCUAUUGAAUCCUUUCUGGCCAAGGCACUUCAACCUCCAGAUCCUCUCUCUGUCCACAAUGCCAUUGAACUUCUCAAAACUAUUGGAGCGCUGGAUGAUACAGAAGAGCUUACUCCUCUUGGUCGCCAUCUUUGCACUCUACCUCUGGACCCAAAUAUUGGAAAGAUGCUUCUGAUGGGGUCCAUCUUCCAAUGUCUAAACCCUGCACUGACUAUUGCUGCUGCUCUUGCACACCGUGAUCCUUUUGUCCUUCCAAUAAACAGGAAAGAGGAAGCAGAUGCUGCCAAAAGAUCAUUUGCUGGUGAUUCUUGCAGUGACCAUAUUGCACUUCUUAAAGCAUUUGAAGGAUGGAAAGAUGCUAAACAUUAUAGAAAAGAAAGAGCAUUCUGUUGGGAAAACUUUUUGUCUCCUGUAACGUUGCAGAUGUUGGAAGACAUGAGAAAUCAGUUUGUAGACCUACUGUCAGAUAUCGGUUUUGUGGAUAAAUCACGAGGAGCUAAGGCAUACAAUGAGUAUAGCAAUGAUUUAGAGAUGGUAUGCGCUAUCCUUUGUGCGGGUCUCUACCCAAAUGUUGUGCAGUGUAAAAGAAGAGGAAAGCGUACUGCAUUUUACACGAAAGAAGUUGGAAAAGUUGAUAUUCACCCUGCAUCUGUUAAUGCUGGUGUUCAUCUUUUCCCUCUUCCAUACUUGGUUUACAGUGAGAAAGUCAAGACUACAAGCAUUUAUAUCAGAGAUUCAACAAAUAUGUCAGAUUAUGCUCUCCUUAUGUUUGGGGGUAAUCUCAGUCCAAGCAAAAGUGGAGAGGGCAUUGAAAUGCUAGGAGGCUAUCUUCACUUUUCUGCAUCAAAAAGUGUGUUGGAUUUGAUAAAGAAACUGCGAGGGGAACUGGAUAAAAUCUUAAAAAGGAAAAUCGAAGAGCCCGGCUUUGACAUUUCGGUCGAGGGAAAGGGUGUAGUUGGUGCUGUGGUUGAGUUACUUCAUAGUCAAGACAUACGAUACUAAUAGGGACAUUACCCGUUUAUUUAUCGUAUAACUAGUAGUGACCAACCAUAUAUAGAUGAUUAUGGCUUUGAUUGCAAAAAGAUACUCUGACAAAAGGUUUGAGGCCCAUUUUGUUGUAGAAGUGUUAGCAUAGAAAGAUAGAGAAUUUAUUUCAAUGAGUUCACACUUUAAUUCGCCAUAAGUCCAAGUUCUAGCUGUGAAAUAUCACCCCUAGCUCUCACAGUAGCAAAAAUGAUGUAGCUGUUACAUUCGAAGGAAGGGUGCAAUUGUGUAUUUCUUGUGCAACAAUAGCGGUAAUGUAUUAAGAGUUAUUUCUUGGUAGAUGAGUCGAAGAGUAGAUGACUUUUUGCUGAGACAAUAUACUCACAUUCUCCCGCAUAGUUAUUUUGUCACUUUAAUAUCGAAAGCCUGGUUUCAGAAUUC